UCGUGCCACACGUAGCGCAAUGAAAGCCUGUUGUGACUGUUGUUGGUUCUCGCGAUCUCUUUGAUUACAGUUUUUAACGUCACGGUUCUUUCACUUUGUUUUUCUUAGUCUCGUUACAUCUUAGUAAAACUUAUCAAAACAUUUUGCUAAGUCAAGACCGAUUGACUGGAUAAUGUACGGUACCAGGUAAAUUGUCAUUGUUGGCGGGUUCUUGGAACGGGUUGAAUUUCAAAACAAGAAGUUUCAUCUCAGCCAAGUACAAUAAUUAACGUACUCGCAGCCUGCAAUUGCAUUAACUGAUCUGUUACUUGAAGACCGUUUGGAAAAUUUUCAGUUAUUCUGCAGUGAUUAACAGAUGAAAUAUUUAAAUUUACAUGCUUACGUUGUGCAUUGCAUGAACAUUCCUGAAUACAUCCGAUACGCGUAAACAAUAACUCUAGUCUACCGGAUUCUAGAACUUCGAUAUUUUUGUUCCCCUUAGAUUGCAAAUAUUAGACUUACGUAUUUUGAAAAUGUUUACAAAUUAAACCUAACCAGGCGAGCAUCGUAAAUCAAAAGGCCUAUAGGAAGACUAGGAUCGUCUAAAAACAUCCCUUCAGGCUAUAGUAGGACGGAUAUAUCCAAGUUGGCAGGGGAGAGUGGUGGCAAAGCGAGGACAUUAGAGGUUGCAAAAAGAUUGGGGGUGGGUGAUUGGAGGGUAUCGAUACAAUGACUUUUCCUAAUGUGUUUCUCAGUUCAGUAUGGAAGUAGGCCGGGAUCGGUUCGAGGUUAGGAACAGCCAAUUUGCUUUCCACUUUUACCCCUUUGUCCCCUCAGCCUCCUGAUUGACGAAAUUUAUGCCGAAGGCAGUGACUGUAGCCUACAGGAAGUCGCUAGCGUUCUUAAUAUUUCCUCAACUCAGACGUCUGGGUGGCUAGCUUUUCUUCACCAUUCAUUGUCCCUUCCACAAAUUUUCAACAAACAUUCCUGGAGCAUUAUGGCUAAUAGCCUUAACUGUAAACUUAGAGUGUAUAUUUUGCACCACAGGUCUUCUCCAAAACGACGCAAUUAGAAUGAAUAGCUCUUCCUCUCAACAAAAUGGCAACCAACAAGCACAGUUUUUGAUUUGGAGCGUCGCAUCUGGAGCCGUUGAUUUCGUCAUCCUCAUUGGGAAUGUCCUCGCGCUCAUCGUCUUCUCCACUAACAAAAAGCUACUACGCACGCGUGCUAACUACUUCCUGAUAAACUUAGCAAUAGCAGAUAUGAUGGUUGGAAUAUUUGCCAUUCCCAUGUAUCUUUACCAUUUGAUUGUCGCCUGGUAUAACGGUGACAGCGUCUGGCAGCAAUACAGUUACAAGAUUUAUAAAGUAGUUGAUGUUUUCGUUGGAUGUGCUUCAAUAUUCACACUGACUGUUAUCGCCCUAGAGCGAGCGUUCUCGGUUUGCUUGCCUCAUAUUCACCGUCACUUCAGGAACACGGUGUACUACGUGCUUCUCGGCUUAAUAUGGCUGCUAUCCAUUCUAGUAUCUUGCCUACGACUUCUUUUUGAAGAGCAGCUCCUUUCAUUGCAGUUUUUCUUCUACUUUUUGUUGGUUUUCUUUGCCAUUGCACUAUCAAUCAUUUGCAUCUCAUACGUGGUGAUAUGGUUCAGAAUGAAGUUCCGCUUUGCCAGGAGGGACAGUAACAAGCGCUCAACAGAACAAGAUAGACGGCUUGCUGUGAUGUUGUUUACAGUGACUGUAGUGUUUGUGUUCACGUGGAUGCCGUUCCAAAUCAUAAACAUAGUGACAUUUUUCUGUGAACCUUGUAGGAACAUGCCCAAUGAGGUGGCAUAUUUUGCAAAAUUCUUGCAUUAUGGGAACUCCUGUGUUAAUCCUAUGAUUUACUCUUUUUUGGUUCCCGAUUUUAGAAAAACAGUAUUCAGAAUCGUUAGGAAAUUAGGAUGUCGCUAAAGGUUUUGGAGUUUUCAUUUUGAAAAAAAAACAGAACAAAACAAAACAAACAAACAAAAAAAACCUGAUAAAUCUCGUUAGGGUUGAUGCGGUGAUUGGCGCCCAGUUGUGUCUUAGUUAUAUGCCGUGUCUUUCAGUUUGCUCAAAACAGUACUGGCCAUGGGUACAAACAGAAGUUUAUAAUCAGUAGAGGUCUGCAUCUUCGGUAUUAGGUCUCACGACAAGCCUUUUUACAUGUAUAAAUCUUCU